GUAAGUUGGGCAGAUCGAUACGACACGGUACGCGCGGCGGCCAUGGAAGAAUCAACCGCCGACGACAAACCGAACUGGUCCGAGUUGCCGGAGGACAUGCUGCUCACCGCAAUGUCGGCCAUGGAUGCCCUCGACGUCGUCCGCUCGAGCGCCGUCUGCUCCCACUGGCGCUCCACCUACACCACGCUCCGCCGGCUCCGCCUCCCGUCCUCCAAGCAGCAAUCCCCCUGCCUGCUCUACCCCCGGCCCCGGCCCCGCGACGCCAGCGGCGGGCCUGCAGAUAGUGAUGACGACGCGCGGCUCUGUCGUGAUGACGACGCGCCGCUCUAUCUCUACUCCCCUUCCGCCGACGCCACCGUCCGCAUUAGGCUCCCGCAGGACGACGCGCUCGUCCUCGCGGGCUCCGCCCACGGGUGGCUCUUCGCCACGGACAAGGCGGCCAACCCUUACUUGCUCAACCCUCUCACGGGCGCAAAGGCGCCGCUCCCGCCCGUCACCACCUUCCAGUGCGUGGUCGGCAGCUCCCUGGACGGCCACGGGGACAUCGUCUACCACGUCGACGCCCCCAACCUGCCGUCGGCUCCGACCUACGCCGUCCCCGCGCGGCGCGCCCGCUCCUGGAUGUACCGCCACGUGGCCAUCUCCGCGGGCGGCGCGGACCCGUCGUGCGUCGUCCUCGUCGUGCACCAGCGGCCCAUGGACCUCCACUUCGCCAGCCCAGCUGGAGGAGCCGACGGCCGCUGGGCCUGGGCCUCGCUCGCCGCCUCCCUCGGCUACGGCUUCAUCAGCGCCGUCUACAACGACAAGGACGGCCUCUUCUACGCGCUCCAGUGCUGCGGCACCGUCCACGCCCUGGACCUUCAUCACCGCCGCCACGGCCCCCAGACGUGGGUCGCCGCGCGCAUGCACAGGCUACGGGAGGUGCUUCUCGUUUCCCGGAUCCUUUGCCUCGCCGUCGCGCCGUGCGGCGGCGUCUUGCUGGUGGCGAGGAAGCAUUGGCUGUCGGAGCCCGACGACGUCUUCGACGCCGCGAACCCCUUCUACGUGUACAAGCUUGACCUCGGCGCCAAGGAAGAAGACAAGAAGAAGAAGCCGGAGAAAUUAGAGGGCAUCGGAGACCGCCAGCACGUGCUGUUAAUCGGGGAAAAGUGCUCGGCCUUGUGCGUUAAGAUCAACAUGGAGGAUUGCCCGAGGUUACGAACAAAUUGCGCCUAUCUGGCCGACUUCAUCCGUAGGGAAUUCCUCUGUGACCCAUUCCGGAUAAUCAGGAGGCGGGACAUGGGCGUUUACUGGGACUUUGAGACCGGGCAGUUGCACAACAUCGCUCAUCUGUGGCCUGCUCACCAUUUGGACCUGGAAUUACCGGACUCGGCGCCUGCUUCGAUAUGGAUCACACCCUCUCCUUUUUAA